AUGGAAACACAGAAUUUCGUCAAAGAACAUGCUACCCACUACACUCAACUUGCAUGCCUACCAUAUUUCGAUCUUGUUGAACAAAUUGUGAUCAAUCCCAUGCACAAUUUAUUCUUGGGUCUUGUGAAGACCCACUUUUACAACAUCUGGGUCCAGAACAAGAUCCUUCAACCGAACCAUGAGGUAACAAAAUUUCAUGAAAUGAUCGCUGAUUUUGUCAUCCCUAGCUCAUGCAGCAAACUGCCCACUGAUAUUGGGAUGCCCUCUGGAGGGUCACUUACAGCAGACCAGUGGCUGCUUCUGUCAACUGUCUAUGGGCCAAUAAUUAUCCCUCAGCUUUGGAGUGUUUGUCUCCCAACUGAUGCCAGCACCGAAGUCCUACACCAGCGUCUGGAAACAGACAAACAGGUACAGGCAUCACAUACAGCUGACAACUGCAAAUCACUUGCUGCAGCAAAGAAACAAGGCACAGAUGCCUUUGCCCACAAGAAAGCUCAAAUUGCACAGGAGAAGCUCACUGCAGCUGAAGCAAAGAAGACCGCCAAACUCAAGGCAGCUGCAGCCAAGGAAGCUGAAAAGGUCAAGGCUGCAGCUGAAAAGAAGGCACAUAAUGCUCAAAAGUUAUAUGGUUCAGCCGCUAUAAAACCAAACCAUCACUACGCCACUCACAUCACCAAUUGUGUUCGGAAUUUUGGGCCCCUCCACAACUUCUGGACCUUCCUUUUUGAAUGA